GAUAUGGCGUAAGAUAUUCAAGAUUGGACAGCUGGUGACCUGAUAUUUCUGAUAGCCUUAAGCUGACUUAUAGCCAUAGAGAAAUCUCUCCGUUUUUGUUUUCUGCUUUACAUCUUUUGUGGCACCUAAGUUCACCUUGCAACCAUGUAUGGAAGUGCUCGCUCAGUUGGGAAGGUGGAACCAAGCAACCAGAGCCCUGGGCGUUCACCUAGGCUUCCCCGUUCCCCUCGCUUAGGUCAUCGUCGAACCAAUAGUACUGGAGGGAGUUCUGGAAGCAGUGUUGGAGGUGGCAGUGGGAAAACCCUUUCAAUGGAGAAUAUACAAUCCUUAAAUGCUGCCUAUGCUACAUCUGGCCCUAUGUACUUAAGUGACCAUGAAAAUGUGGGUUCAGAAACACCAAAAAGCACCAUGACACUUGGCCGUUCUGGGGGACGUCUGCCUUAUGGUGUUAGGAUGACUGCUAUGGGCAGUAGUCCCAACAUAGCCAGCAGUGGGGUUGCUAGUGACACCAUAGCAUUUGGAGAGCAUCACCUCCCUCCUGUGAGUAUGGCAUCCACUGUACCUCACUCUCUUCGUCAGGCAAGAGAUAAUACAAUCAUGGAUCUGCAGACACAGCUAAAGGAAGUGUUAAGGGAAAAUGAUCUCUUGCGGAAGGAUGUGGAAGUAAAGGAGAGUAAAUUGAGUUCUUCAAUGAAUAGCAUCAAGACCUUCUGGAGCCCAGAGUUGAAGAAAGAGCGAGCCCUUCGAAAAGAUGAAGCUUCCAAAAUCACCAUUUGGAAGGAACAGUAUAGAGUCGUGCAGGAAGAAAACCAGCACAUGCAGAUGACAAUCCAGGCUCUCCAGGAUGAAUUGCGAAUCCAGAGGGACCUGAAUCAGUUGUUUCAGCAAGACAGUAGCAGUAGGACAGGUGAACCUUGUGUAGCAGAGCUGACAGAGGAGAACUUCCAGAGGCUGCAUGCUGAGCAUGAGCGGCAGGCCAAAGAGCUGUUCCUUCUACGAAAGACCCUGGAGGAAAUGGAGCUUCGUAUUGAGACGCAGAAGCAAACCUUAAAUGCUCGGGAUGAGUCCAUUAAGAAGCUUUUGGAGAUGUUGCAGAGCAAAGGUCUGUCUGCCAAGGCUACUGAGGAAGACCAUGAAAGAACAAGACGGCUGGCAGAGGCAGAGAUGCAUGUCCACCACCUAGAAAGCCUUUUGGAACAGAAGGAAAAAGAAAACAAUAUGUUGAGAGAGGAGAUACACCGGAGGUUUGAAAAUGCUCCUGAUUCUGCCAAGACCAAGGCUCUGCAAACUGUUAUUGAGAUGAAGGAUUCAAAAAUUUCCUCUAUGGAGCGUGGGCUCCGGGACCUGGAAGAGGAAAUUCAGAUGCUGAAAUCAAAUGGGGCUUUGAGUACUGAAGAACGGGAGGAAGAAAUGAAGCAAAUGGAGGUGUAUCGCAGCCAUUCUAAAUUUAUGAAAAACAAGGUAGAGCAACUGAAGGAGGAACUAAGUUCGAAAGAGGCUCAAGGGGAGGAGCUGAAAAAGAGAGCAGCUGGUCUUCAGGCUGAGAUUGGCCAGGUGAAACAGGAGCUGUCCAGAAAAGACACAGAACUACUCGCCCUGCAGACAAAACUAGAAACGCUCACAAACCAGUUCUCCGACAGUAAACAACACAUUGAGGUGCUGAAGGAGUCCUUGACUGCUAAGGAACAAAGAGCUGCCAUUCUGCAGACCGAGGUGGAUGCUCUCCGAUUGCGUUUGGAAGAAAAGGAAACCAUGCUGAAUAAAAAGACAAAACAAAUUCAGGACAUGGCUGAAGAGAAAGGGACACAAGCUGGAGAGAUACAUGACCUCAAGGACAUGCUGGAUGUGAAGGAGCGGAAGGUUAAUGUUCUUCAGAAGAAGAUUGAAAAUCUUCAAGAGCAACUUAGAGAUAAGGAAAAGCAGAUGAGCAGCUUGAAAGAACGAGUCAAAUCCUUGCAGGCUGACACCACCAACACCGACACUGCCCUUACGACUUUGGAGGAGGCCCUUGCAGAGAAAGAGCGAACAAUUGAACGCUUAAAGGAACAGCGGGACAGAGAUGAGCGAGAGAAGCAAGAGGAAAUUGAUAACUACAAAAAAGAUCUUAAAGACUUGAAAGAAAAAGUCAGCCUGUUGCAAGGCGACCUCUCAGAGAAAGAGGCUUCACUCUUGGAUCUGAAAGAGCAUGCUUCUUCCCUGGCUUCCUCAGGCCUGAAAAAGGACUCAAGACUCAAGACACUAGAGAUUGCUCUGGAGCAGAAGAAGGAGGAAUGUUUGAAAAUGGAAUCGCAGCUGAAAAAGGCACAUGAAGCAACAUUGGAAGCUAGAGCCAGUCCAGAGAUGAAUGACCGAAUUCAGCAGUUGGAGAGAGAGAUUGCCAGGUACAAAGAUGAAUCUAGCAAGGCCCAGGCAGAAGUAGACCGCCUUUUGGAAAUCUUGAAGGAAGUGGAAAAUGAGAAGAAUGACAAAGAUAAGAAGAUAGCUGAAUUAGAAAGGCAAGUGAAAGACCAGAAUAAGAAGGUAGCAAAUCUGAAGCACAAGGAACAGGUGGAGAAAAAGAAGAGCGCACAGAUGUUAGAGGAGGCCCGGCGGAGGGAAGACAAUCUCAACGACAGCUCCCAGCAGCUGCAGGACAGUCUCCGUAAGAAGGAUGACAGGAUUGAAGAGCUGGAAGAAGCACUGAGAGAAAGUGUACAGAUAACUGCAGAGCGGGAAAUGGUGCUGGCACAAGAGGAAUCAGCCAGGACCAAUGCUGAGAAACAGGUGGAGGAGCUAUUGAUGGCCAUGGAGAAAGUAAAGCAGGAACUAGAGUCCAUGAAAGCAAAGCUGUCUUCCACUCAGCAGUCUCUGGCAGAAAAGGAAACUCAUUUGACCAAUCUUCGGGCAGAGAGAAGGAAACACUUAGAGGAAGUUCUAGAGAUGAAGCAAGAAGCUCUUCUGGCUGCCAUUAGUGAAAAAGAUGCCAAUAUAGCUCUUUUAGAACUUUCGUCCUCUAAGAAAAAGACCCAAGAGGAAGUGGCUGCACUUAAACGUGAGAAGGAUCGCCUGGUACAGCAGCUCAAACAGCAGACACAAAAUCGAAUGAAGCUAAUGGCCGACAACUACGAAGAUGACCACUUCAAGUCCUCCCAUUCCAAUCAAACGAAUCAUAAGCCCUCUCCAGACCAGAUUAUUCAACCCCUGUUAGAACUUGACCAAAAUAGAAGCAAGUUAAAGUUGUAUAUUGGACACCUGACGGCCCUCUGCCAUGACCGAGACCCCCUAAUCCUUCGUGGACUCACUCCACCAGCUUCCUAUAACUUGGAUGAUGACCAGGCAGCUUGGGAAAAUGAGCUGCAGAAGAUGACCCAGGAACAGCUUCAGGAUGAGUUGGAAAAAGGCGAACGGGACAAUGCAGAACUGCAGGAGUUUGCCAAUGCCAUUCUUCAGCAGAUAGCAGACCACUGCCCCGACAUCCUGGAGCAAGUGGUCAAUGCACUGGAAGAGUCGUCCUGACCCUGCUUCAUGGGGAGUGACCAGCCCAGCAGCCCCAGAGAGGAGUCAAGAAAGGAAAACUAUGAGGAAUAGGCAUCCAGGAACUUCUUAGCACCAUACACUACAAACCACAUGAUGUCUUGCUCACUUGAAGAAGUGCGAUUCCAGCCUGUUUGUACGUCUGUCAUCUUGCUCCGCCUUUCUGCUUUAAAUGUUGUCUCUACACUAAUGUCCUUGACGUCCAAGGUGGUAAAUGACCACAUCUCUAUGAAGAACUAGCCUCCAAUCAUCAGCACUGGGGAGCUGGGGAAGCUGGUGGCUCUGUUCUUAGAGGGCCAUGAAGUAGAGUCCACUCACCUUCCGUCCUCUGAUGUGAGAACCAAAUCUGAAAUCUCCUCAGAGUUCAGCAUGCUGAGAGAAUCCUCACCGUGGGCCAGAGAGUUGAGUGUUGGAAUAUCACAAUGGGUGCUUUCU